UUCUAACAGUUCUUGCAUUUCAGAUAGUACAUAAUAUUAUCAUUGUUUUAGUAUAGUAAAAAAUGAAUUGUCCAGUAUAUGUUAUCCUUUUAAUUGUACUAGCUAGUUGAUUGCAAGCGUUUUUUUUGUUUGAAAGUUCAGGCACAUGAAACGUAGAACUCCCAAUCUUUAUUGCCUUGGAGUUGGUGUUGGUUCUGUCGACAAAGUCAAAAGUCAUCCUUAUUAUCAUAUAAAACUCUUCUGUGAUGCAUGCAGCGAGCUAACUGCUCCUAGUAAAUUAUAGUAGCCUUGAACAUCCUUCGAAUUAGUUCUUUUAUCGUUUGAGCAUAUGCUGUGUAUCAAAAUAAAGCAUGCAGCCAGUCUUUCUUGCUCAACGACUCAAAACCUCGCUUGAUGGAGGUAGCUCUAUCUGCCAUUUCUGGCGAAAUACUCAGCCGACUCAUCUCCUUCGUAAUCAAGAAACACACCGACAGGUCAUGUGUGGAAGACAAGCUAGAAAGGCUUCAGCAUCUCCUGCUCAGACUCCAUACUGUGGUCGAGGAGGCCGAGGGACGGUACAUCACCAAUUCCAAGAUGCUGUUGCAGCUCAGGAUGCUCGUGGAUGGCAUGCACGAAGGCUACCAUGUACUCAGCACCAUCAGGUUCAAGCCUGUUGAAGAAGACACAUCAUCCCACAGCCAGGUGACACAACCACCUGCCUUGUCAUCCCCUCUCAAGCGCACUCGUGCAGCAGCUUCCAGCUUCAGGACUGCCAUAACUUCCAACCACGAGCUACAAGCUUCUCUGAAGAAACUGGAAACGAUUGUUGCAAACAUGACGGAGUUCGUCAUUCUGCUGGGUGGAUGCAAGCAGAUGCACAGAAGACCAUACGACACCUACAUCUACAUCGACAAUUUCAUGUUCAGUCGCCUUGUGGAGAAGCAAGAGCUGAUCAAUGCGCUGUUGCAAGACGAUUCUCCUGUAGGUGCUCCAGCUGUGGUACCAGUAACUGGUGCAUACAGAGCCGGGAAGAAAAGCCUAGUCGGGUAUGUUUGCAAUGACAAUAUGGUUCGCUCUCACUUCUCCUCGGUUUUGCACCUGAAAAGCAACAGCUUUCUGAAAGUAAGCCGUAAAAUGUUCAUGCCUGUAAGGACGCUAGUUGUGGUCGAGUUUAUUUCAGAUGUGGGUGACAGUGAAUGGGUGAAGUUUUAUUCAGACGCAUCGCCACAGAUGGGCGCAGGAAGCAAAGUGGUCAUCGUGAGCAGGUUCCAAGAGAUAGCGAGGUUUGGAACUGUAAAGCCAGUUGUCCUCAGAAGCCUGUCACAAGCAGAGUUCUCCUACCUCUUCAAGGCACUCGCAUUCGGAGGGACAGAUCCAGAGAACCACCCACAGCUAUCGUCGAUAGCUAUGGAGCUAGCCAUGAACGUGAACGGGUUGCUCCUUGUAGCGAAUACGCUCGCCGACUUGCUGAGGAAGAACCAAAGCGUCAGGUUCUGGUUCCAUAUGCUGAAGAGGUUCAGGCAGUCAGUGGAGCGCAAUUUCUCCAGGUUCGGUGAGCAUCCAAAGCAACUUGUUGAGAGGGACCAUCCGACUGACAUAACAAUGCUGGUCCAGCCUUCUUCUGCUGUACUUCGUCUCAUGCCACCCCACGGCGACGCUAGAUUGUGCAUGGAACAACUGCCCAAGGUGAAGUUUGCAGACCUGGUGCAAGGUUCAGCUACUGUUCAACCCGAUGAGGAGUUUCAGAUAACUAUGUGGGAGUCAAGAUUACCCCCUUUUACUAAGUUUGUCGCGAGCUGUGUCGCUGAGGAGCAUCCUUGUACUUCCUCGGACAACAAAAGGCACAAGUCAUGUAAACAGUAACACCUUGUUGUUUGGAUUGCAUGGUCCUGUUAAUUAGUCAAAUAAAUGAAGAACAUCAUGAUGCUUCAGUGUCUAA